UUUGUAUUUCUACCCGGCGCUCCGAAUUCGCAUAAAAUUGCACUUCGCAAUGGCAACCGAGCCAGAACCGUCAACUUCCAAAAAAGUUAGUGAAAUACUCCAAGCUUCGAUCAUUGUAAAAUGGGGUGGCAAAGAAUAUCCAAUUACAGAUUUAACCGAUCAGGAUACUGUGGCUGUGCUGCGCCAUGAAAUCUUCAAACUCACACAGGUGAGACCGGAGCGGCAAAAAUUGAUAAAUCUCAAGUAUAAAGAAAACAAAGUGGCGCCUGAUGAUACUAAAAUUUGUGACUUGGAGUUGAAACCCAACUUCAAAUUAAUGAUGGUAGGCUCGACUGAGGCAGCUAUAGAGAUUGCAUGUCAACUGCCUGAUGAUAUUGCCGAGGUGAUAGAUGAUUUUGAUGUAGCCGAAGAAGAGGACUUGGUAGAGAAAUCGCCCGUUUACUUGGCGAAAGUACAACGACGCGUUAGAGAAUAUAAAAUAACUGAGCUUAACCCGCCAAGGGAAGGGAAGCGUUUGCUUGUACUUGAUAUUGAUUACACCUUAUUCGAUCAUCGAUCUCCCGCCGAAAAUGCUUCGGAGCUAAUGCGACCAUAUUUACAUGAAUUUUUGGAAUCUAGUUACGAAAAUUAUGAUAUUGUUAUAUGGUCGGCAACUGGUAUGCGUUGGAUUGAGGAAAAAAUGAAAUUGCUAGGUGUAAGCAACAAUCCUAAUUACAAAAUAAUGUUCUACUUGGACUCUACUGCCAUGAUUUCAGUAUAUACGAUUGAACGUGGUGUCGUAGAUGUGAAACCGCUCGGUUUAAUUUGGGGGCAAUAUCCGCAAUAUAGUGCCAAAAAUACCAUCAUGUUCGAUGAUAUACAACGUAACUUUCUAAUGAAUCCUCGUUCAGGUUUACGUGUACGACCCUUCCGCCAGGCACACAUAAGUCGACAUACUGACAAAGAACUUGUCAAGCUUUCGAAGUACCUGCGCGAUAUUGCAAAUGAUUGCGACGACUUUACUAAACUAAAUCAUCGCAAAUGGCAGCAUUACGAUCAUCGUAGACACCGAUAAUAAAAGGCAAAACAAAAAUGAAAUGAAUUGCAGCAGUUUUUUAAAGCCCAAAUGUACGUUACUACAUAAAAUGGAUGUUUGAUUGAUGCUAAGCUCUUUCGCUCAGCACAGCUAAGCGAUAUUUGAAAUAAAAUUUCCGGCGUUUUUACACAUCUGCUUAGCAACGAA